AUGGACAUUUUGUUCGACCCCAAGCAAUGGUAUCCAUCACCAGAUCGCGUUGUGUCACCAAGACCAUGGUUUCUCCCGUUGACAUUGUCAGCCUGUAUCGGCUCAACGAUGCUGCCGCGAAAAACACGCGUUGCACUCGCAGUUCCCGCUCUCAGUCUCCUUGCCAGUCAAAUUCGGGUGUUUUCAACAGGUGACAAUGUCAAAGACUUCAGUCGAGCUUCAUUCAUAUUCGGCUUCGUGCUCAAAUUCAUUGACUUUGGGAUCCUAAAAAGGGAUGGAGAGGUUUACAAGGUCAAGAAUCGAAACGCUUCAAUCAAGAAGAUUGGAAGCACCCAAGAAUUGCAGUAUGUUGCAGCCAUUGACGGGAAAAAGUCAAUCUGGACGAAAUUCAAGGAUAGUGCUGAGCUAUGGCUCUUUACCCUGAGAGGUAUCGGAUGGAAUUGGGAAGUGGGAGGAAUCCCUGGGCGGCAACCACAAUCUACCAUAUACUUCCUAUUCCGUACACUACUUCGUAUUUUCGGCUCAUAUCUCGCCUGGGACAUCUGCAAACAUGCCAUGGGACAAUUCUCCUACAUUCAAUCCACCAACCGCGGAUCUUUCUUCGAUGAGCCCAUCAUCAACCAAGUAAUCCUCACUUGGCUCCACCAACUCGAAGCAUUCUGCUUCAUCAACCUCCCCUACCAAAUCGGCGCACUCCUCACCGUUGCUACCAGAUUCCAAACACCCGAAGACUGGCCUCCUCUUUUCGGAGACAUCUCGGAUGGCUAUCUGGUGAGUCGAGCAUGGGGUCGAGUCUGGCAUCAACUUCUUCGAAGACCACUUGGCAUACUCACACCAUAUGCUCAGAGAUGGCUUGGAGUCACUUCUAGAGGGGCGAAGCGUACCGUCAGCCUCUUGAGCUCCUUCACCAUGUCAGGAUUCGUCCAUUGGUCUGGCGCGCUCAAUUGUCCUUGGACGCCCAGCUCGCAUGCUUUGCUGAAGUGCAUUGGUUAUUUCUGGACGAUCUCUUGGAUCUCGUUUUCGAUGAGGUAUGCUGCAAGAUACCAGUUCGAGCACGGAGCUCUGAGCGCUCAUGAGCCAUUCAAAAACAGUCUCAUUGACAUUCUUGUCGCUAAGCUCAAGAAUUGA